GACUAUUGUCAAUAAAUCAAUUGUGAAUGCCGAAACUGAUAUUUUCGAAUAUAAAAUAUUUUUAAUUCUUUUUUGUACGUUUUGUGUUCGUUUUGAAGCUGUAAAGCGCCAAAACAGUUGAGAAAGUUUAUAUUGGACUGUUUGUAGUAGAUAAUACAAAUAUGGAACGGGUCAUAGAGGAUUGGAAAGCAGAGGAAAAGGAUUUGUGUGUAAAACUUCAUCACAAACUAUUAGGUUUAACACUUUUAUAUCCGCCAUCGGAAGACUUUAGGAAAUGCUUGUCGGAUUACAUGUUUAUUAAACCCAAUCAAAAUGGGUUUUUGCAUACAAUGCACUAUUUGUUCAACAUUCUAGAUCCGCACGAAUUUCAAAGACGUUUCUAUUGGCCCGUAGUAGACAAACGCAGUGAGGCCGCCUUCCGCUCAACUACCGUCGAAUAUCUCAAACACAUAAAUGAGAAGUAUAACUUGAAUUGGCAAAAUAUAAAGUCGUAUCUUGUAGUUCUCCCAGGUGGUAUGAAGUUUAUAACAUUUAUGCUGGACUUCGUUAGUUUUGUGAUACAACAGUUAACGAAGCAACGGGAAAAGCAAACUACCAGCGUUACCAUUGAUCCGAAGUUCACGCAAGAAGUUGAUGUUGACUUAUUAGUUCGCAAGAAUGCCUUUUUUAAGAGCUAUGCCUCUCAAUAUAUAUCUGAACUCGAUACUAUAACUGAAAAACUACAAGAAAGAAUAAAAUACAUAAAAGCACAAUUUGAGCACAUAUCUGAUGUGAGUGGCAUUGAUACAAAUGAUUUAUUGAGCGAUGAUUUUUACAAUAAAUUUAAAAUGGAAAAUCGUAAACUCUAUGAAGAGAAAACUGCCAAGCGCGUCAAUAACAUUGCGCUAUUAAAUGCUCCUAUGCUUGAGCUAAGAAAUGUCUUAAAUAAUUUUGAAACCAUGGAGUUGGAGUCCAAUUACAAAAAAGAAUUAUCGCGUAUGUCGUCUGAGAAGAGUGAGCAAAAGUUAUCAAAUAUUAUGGAGCCAACAGAAGUAUUUCAUUCAGUUUCUUCCAUCAGCUUAAAUAUGGACGAAGUAAAUAUAGAAGAUAUGAUUUUCACAGUAAAUACUAUUUUUAAACCUUUGGAUAUUGCUCUAAACAAAUGCACAGAAAAUCCAAAUAUUUCGGAUUUUGUCAAAGAAGAAUUGCAUAGCAUUCAAACAGAAUUCGAGGAUGUGGAGUGCAAAAUAACGGACUUCCAUAAAAUGAUUAUUGAAAAUAAAAAAAAAGUGAAUACUGAUACAAAGAGUGAGUUUCAAACUCCUAUGAGAGGCGAUAUGAAAUCAGCCGUUCCAGUUCUUGAAAAUUCUCUGUUAUCGAAAAUCAUAUCAACACCUCCAAUCAAAUUGAAUAUCACAGACAACGCACCUUCGACACGUUUACCACUAUUGGGAGAUAUCAAACCAAAAUCUGUAUCCACAAUUGCAAAUCAGAGUGCUAUACUAUGUGCAUCGAAAAAUCUAAAUAAAUCCAGUAAUCUGAACAGUACUGUGAAUAAGUGUAAAAUUUUUGAUCCAAUGGCAUUGUUGCGUUCCAUACAUAAGGUUCCAGAAGCAAAUAAAACAAUAAAACAAAAUUUGUCACAGCUUGGCACAAGUUGGAAGGAACGUCAGGCAAUUUCCUCUACAGAACUAGAUUCGACUAACUUAAAAAUUCCAAACAAAAUAAAACUCCAAAUCGAUCAGAACUAUUCCAGUCAAACAAUUGUGUAUAAUUCGCCAAGUUCAACACUUCUACCGCCGCAUUCACCACACACUCCACUUAAUGAUCGCACUCGUAUACCAUAUAAUACGGCAUUGGAAAACAGCAGUGGUAAUUCCAGUCUUCCUUACAUCAAAAAACUUUCUGCUGUAAAGAAAGUGCAGGAUGCUUCAAUUAAUUUCCAAAAUAUGAGCACCAGCCCUUCAGGACGCUUAGAGGCACUCAUAAGAGCUGAUCACAUGGAUGAUAUACAAAAAAAUUCAAGUCAUAAUGAAUCACCAAUCCAUAAAGAGACGUCGACAAAAGUGCUUAUUGAAACAAAUGGGGAUGAAAAGUCUGAAAACCAUAGAAACUCAGCAAAUUUAUCAGUUGAUCUUGAUCGUAUGCAGAAUAUACAAAAAACGUCUAUUGAAAAUAAAUUAUUAAUGGAUAUGGAAACAUCUAUAAAAGAGAUUGCUGGCACAUACUCACACAAGCAGUCUGGAAAUUAUAUAGAAAGAAAGCCACUUGGUGAUGAAUUAUUGAUUGAUUUGGAAACAUCUGUAAAAGAGUUUGUCGGGACCAGUUCAUGCGAACAGUCCGAAAAUAAUCAAAACUUGGCAAAUUUAAAAGAUCGCAUAAUGCUGCAAGACCAAAAAUUUGAUGAGGAAUCUCUUUUCAAUGUCAGUGACAGCGUUCUUAAGGAUGUAUCCAUGUAAUCUUAUACUUAUUUAAUCAAUUUUUAAUUGAAAAAAAAAAAACCGAUUAGACCUAUACAUUUUUAAAAGUAAUAAUGUUUAACAACUUUGAAGUUCUUUUUAAAUAUUUGUUUAUAAUAAAGCCUAUAAGGUGCAUACCGUUUAUAGUUUAGAAAGGAACAUAUUGGUUGGUUAAUUAAUAUUUUAUAAAUUUUUAUAUAUAAUGUUUAUAUGGAUUAUAUAAUAGUCUUGAGAUUCAUAAUUUUAAUAAAGUAUUUAUUGAAC